UGCAGUCACAAACGACGGAAGUUUCAAGGAAUGAGCUUGGCAGGGAAGAGAAACAAGGUCGGUUCGUUGGUGGAGCCCACAGGGAAUUGUUCCACUCUGCCGCCAUCUCUCUAUGACUAUGUCAACUAAAACCCUUCUUUUGUCCUUCAAUUCUUUUCCUGCAAUAGAAAAUUACAAUCCGCGUUCCCUUUAAUUGAUUGCUGGCUUUGAUCGUCGUCUACUCUUUGUUAUUGAUUAUAAGUUCUUCCAGAGUUCAUACUGAGGAAAAUCUGUAUUUCGUUUAUUAUUUUGAAUUUUAGGGUGGUUGUCCCUGACAGUUUCCAUAUUGGGUGUGUCUGUAUUUUCUCUUUUUCUUCGCUUGAUAUCUGAAGUAAGAAGUUUGAAGAAGAGGAGGAAGCAGAGUUUGUUGUUUAUGUUUGAGAUAUGGAUAAGAAGACCAGUUUCCUUAACAAGAUCAAGGCCACAUGCCUAGACUCAUCUACUUCAGACUCUGGAAAAGGGAGAUGUAAAACAUGUAGUAACAGAGUUGCUCACGGAUUCCACUUGGUGGAAGGGAAAUCAGGUCAUGAUAUGGAGGACUACCAUGUUGCGGAAUACAAAAAUAAGAAGAGCCAUGUACUUGGAUUAUUUGCCAUCUUUGAUGGCCAUCUUGGUAACAGUGUGCCAAGUUAUUUGAAAGAUAACCUUUUCAAUAAUAUACUUGAGGAGCCGAACUUCUGGAAUGACCCCAAGACUGCAAUAAAAAAUGCAUAUCGUGCCACUGAUAAAUAUAUUCUGGAGAACUCCAUGAAAUUAGGUCCUGGUGGCUCAACGGCAGUAACUGCAAUAGUUAUUGAUGGCAAAGACUUAUGGGUAGCAAACAUUGGUGACUCCAGAGCUGUCGUCUGUGAAAGGGGCUCUGCCAAUCAGCUAACUGUUGACCAUGAGCCAGACACUGAACGAAGAAGAAUUGAGAGACAAGGUGGCUUUGUGACUAAUCUUGCUGGAGAUGUGCCUCGAGUUAAUGGCCAAUUGGCAGUUGCACGUGCUUUUGGGGAUCAAAGCCUUAAAGCACAUUUAAGUUCAGAGCCUGAUAUAAGACAUGUGCCUAUAGACUCAACUAUAGAGUUUGUUAUAUUAGCAAGUGAUGGCUUAUGGAAGGUUAUGAAAAACCAGGAGGCAGUUGAUAUGGUGAAAUCCAUUAAAGAUCCUCAAGCAGCAGCCAAACGUCUAACAACAGAAGCAUUGGAAAGAAAGAGCAAAGAUGAUAUAUCGUGCAUCGUGAUCCGCUUCGGAUGAUUGCUGGGACGGGGAGCACCACCACCACCACCAUUGAAACCAACACCAUUUUUGGCUAGCUUUGCUGCUGGUGGAAUUCUGAGCUGAUUGGUUACUUGGGGAAGGUGGAAAUUGAAAUAUUAUUUGGGUUGUGUAAAGAUUUAUAUGCAUGUAGUAAUAGCUUUUCUUGUAGUGCCGAUGAGUGAUACUUGGUAGAGAUAGCGGUGUGUUGCAUAGAUAAUUUCUUAACUUCAAUGGUCUCAACAUAGAUAAUUCAUUCUGGAUGUGUGUAUACAGUUGUGGACAUACAUAAUAUAUAUAUAUGAAUGUAUUUGUUUGAGAGUGAUUCAGAAAUUUCAAAA